AUGACCUUGAAAGCAUGGCGCGACAACUCGCUCAAUCUCUUGCUACAAAAGGCAUUGGACGGCGAAGAUAGGGACUGGAAAAUGCAAGCGGCACGGAAUCGCAUCGCCCGCCUUCCAUCCAUCCUGCUGCAAAUGAUGAUUCGCAAAGAAGCGUCACAAGAACCCGGCCAAAGCGAGCUACUGAAUCUACUCCCGUCCACGCAAGAAUGGGACUUGAUGCUGGAGAAAGUACAGCGACGGGGCCAUUCGCAAGAUGACCUGGCGCAUUAUCUGUAUAUUCUCGAAGGAAAGACGGACGACAUGCGGUGCGAAAGAUUUCUUGAGCGCGAGUCAUACAAGCCGCCCUUUAUUCUGCACUUGCUCCUAAGGUCGACCUCUAGGUUCUCCCAGCUCGAAACGCUCAACUGCCUCGUUGGUUAUUGCCGCUCCUUUUAUCUGGAGGCCUUGAGAAAUGAAUCAGAUACAGCCGGGACACUGACCAAGAAGCCGAAGCGGCCACAUGGGCCAGAAAGCCUCAACUUUGUUCUGUCCCUUCUUGCGCACCAUUGCAUGCGUCUUGACGCCAGGCACAUAGUUACGCUGUGUGAUCUAACUGUACAAUACAUCGAGGCACUGGCGGAAUCACACCUGCCACAGGAGAAGAUUUACGAAGCUCAAUGCUCGGUAUUCAACCACAGCCUGAAGCUCCUCGGUUCGACCUACAGAAGGCAUCCGAUCCAGCAGGCUUUGCCAAAUGCAUUCUUUUGGGAAGCACAGAGAAUCCUUCUUGCUGCCUCCUCCAAGCUGAAAAAACAACUGCUAGUUGACGCCGAGGGGUUUCGUGCCAUUAGAAAGGUCUUGGCAGGCAUGUCCAAGAACCACGUCGAGAUACACAGCUCGUUUAGGCACGCACCUACAUGGCCCCCGUAUCUACAACCUGGAGAUGGAAUGGAUGAAGAGAUGGAUCCCGAAGAGAGCUGGAGCCGGUCUGUAGGCCUGUGGGAGGCUUCCAUCAGAGCCACGCGCAAUGCGCAGGAGGCUUGGGAGAGGUUUCAGAACCCUCCAAGGGCAGGACUUGAACUCGGCUUGGCCGAAUAUACCGCCAUGUUUGGAAAGUUGAUGCUAAGGGAGGCCGACGAACACACGACAGCCCUGCCUGGUGACAAAGCCUUGAACUUUCCCACACCGCAGGAGGCCAAUCUCACCGAGUUCGAAAAGGCCCGCAUCCGCCCGCCAAGCACGUCCCAGCUGUAUGAGAAGAUGCUCAAGAAUGGCAUCCGCCCUAGCGGCAGCUGCCUUGCCAUACUGCUGGCUAACACUGAAUCGAUGGAAAUGGCGAGAAGAUAUCUACGCGACAGCGACGGAACCGGCGCUCUGUAUCGGCUGUUGUCUCAGGAAAUGGACGUGGAAGCCCUCAAGAAGGUGCCGCUCAGCCUCGUCUCAGCCUAUAUUCAAGUGAUGACACGACAAGGCGGAAGACGCGGGAGAAAAUACCUGGUGCGGGCUAUUGAGCUGGCAGAACAGCGAUUAGGGCCUGUGCAAAGUCCGUGGUCUGAUUUCAUCUGGGGCACGAUUCUCAAAGACUUGUCACAGCACCAUCGCGGCCUGAAGAUUCUGCCCUACCAGCAGCUCAAGCUGUCCCUCCAUGUUGUCCACAAACUCGACGGGGCUUGCGGGAUCCCGCUGCCUGCGUUUGUCCAGUUCAGCAAGACGACGCGCAAGAUAAUCAAACGCGAACUGGAGCAGCUCUGCAGCGAAAUGGAAUCUAGUCCGUCAACGGUCAAGAACAACGCGCUAUGGGCCCUGUACGACACAAAGUCCAUCCACAAGGAUGCCAUGCACUGGGACACAUUCGGCGGCAGGCCGGGGGCCUUGGAUCUAUUUCGUCUUUUUCGAUCCUCCGCCUUGCAGAUGAAGGGGCUUUUUGACAAACUUGUGUCGCUUGAAGGAGAGAGCCGGCGACUGCUGGGUGCAACGAGGGUGGCGCCAUUGGAUGAGAUGAUGUGGCGGCGAGACCCAGCCCGAGCCGAGCACGCGUACGAGUACAUGAUAUCCCUGGCAUACCUGGGCGAGUUUCAACAGAUGGCCAAGCUGCUGGAGUGGUUGAUUACGAAGUGGGGGCAGCCUGAGGUGGUGCAGGCGUUGUCGGAGCUGGACGAGGUGCCGCCGUAUGCCGACUUUGCAAGGACUCUGUGCGCCUUUCGACUUGUGGCCGAGCCGAUGCUGGGGCAGGGGGUGGUGGCGUCUCUGCGGGAAGCCAUUGACGCGGCUGGGUUGGACUGGGCAUGGCCCGACGAAGAAGCCGUGGAGGCGUACGUUGAGACGCAAGAGGACGACUCGAUUCAGGCUUUGGCGCGCGUAUUGGAGCGGGUGCGCUUGUCGUGGACUAAUACGAGAGACGAUGCCGAGAGGGAGGCGGAGCUGGAUACGGAGCCGGCAGGUAAUACUAGAUGGAGGAGCCAUGUAUGA